AUGGAUACCUCUCUCUUCAUUUACAACUAUAAUGGCAUUAUCAUGUAUGUAUUGGUUUAUGUAAAUGACAUUCUUGUCAUGGGGAAUGAUACAUCUGCUAUCACAACUCUCAUUGAGGAGCUUUCCCACCAUUUUGCACUCAAGGACCUUGGCUCAAUCCAUUAUUUCUUAGGUGUGGAGGCCCAUGAUAGUGAUGCUGGUCUUCAUUUGUGCCAAAGAAAAUACAUUGCUGACUUACUUCGCCGCGCUCAUAUGAAUGGCUCGAAGCCCAUCUCCACACCAUUUUGCAUGUCCACCUCUGCAUCUAAGCAUUAUCUUCCUGAUGCUACAGAAUACCGCAGCAUAGUAAGAGCAUUGCAAUAUCUUCUCAUCACGCGACCUAAUAUCACCUUUGUUGUUAAUCGUCUGUGUCAACACAUAUAUCUCCCAACGGAGGCGGAUUGGUCUGCUGUUAAGAAAGUACUCCGUUACACGAAACACACCAUAGAUUAUGGGCUCAUCAUCAAGCCAUCGUCUACUUAUCUUCUACAAGCAUACUCUGACUCCGAUUGGGCAAGGUUCCCUGAGGAUCGGAAAUCAACCACUGGUGAUUUCCUCGGAGAUAACCUUAUUUCUUGGUGCUCCAAGAAAUAA